AUUACACGUCACAAACGGAAAUAAAACAGCAUGUUGUGGUUUUGGCGCUGGAAGAGAAAGGAAAGUAGCAGCUGGUUAGCUAACUGGCUAGAAUGUUUAGUCGUUGUAUUUUGUGAGAUGGAUUAACAAGAGGGUUCUCGAGAACAAGGACCAAUUGAAUCGUAAUCACGAAGUAAGCUUUGACAGUGUGUGGACCAUACACAAGCUAGUAGCUCGAUCUUCGUAGACAUGGACAGUACACCGGAGAACUUGGAGCCCAGCAGUCCACUUCAGGACUUGGAGGAACUAGACACCAUGGGACCCCUGAAUCAGGCAUGCCUACUGGAUGAGCAAGACCUGCUCUUUGGUGAUCUCAGCGAUGUUGGCACCCUAAACGAGCCCCCUGUCUUCAUCCUUGAGACGCCCAGCCCUCAGUGCCUCAGAAGGAGACGGCGGUACAAUACGUUUGAAAACUUUGGAUCGGUUUCUCUCAGCCCACCUCCCAGUCGAGAGGACAAACCUCUCAUCAUGACCCCCACCCCUCAUCAGAUGUCAAAACGUAAAAAGCUGUCCGUGCCAGCCACCAGCAUGAGAGGUGAAGCCAAACCGGGCACCUCGUGGGCAACCAGUGGUUUUGUUGCUGCUUCAUCUCUCAUGACAACAGACUCUUCUCUGGUUACCUGGCUGGAACCUCCUCUCCCUUUCUCUAUGCCAUGUUCUUAUUCAUCGUCACCACCCUCAUCCUCCCUUGGUGCGCCCCCUGCCUCGCAGGAAGUGACAGCCGGGGAAGGAUUUUGCAGAAACGCAUCGUCUCAGGCUCCUGUGGCAGUAUCCACAGUGGAACCUGGGUUCCCUAGUUACAACAGAGGCAAGAAGAGGACCUGUAAAAGAGCAGCCUCUACCAAGUCCACCUCCAAGGCCUCCACAUUUGCCCAAGCCCCAACAAACCCCACCACAGACUCUGUGUCAUUCCUGCCAGGCACAGAGAAAGAGAGUCCUGUUGCUGGCUGGGAGGUUCCUUUCUCUACGGCCGAAGCAAUGCCGCCCAAAUAUGAUGAGGUGGUCAUCAGUGACGAUGAUGAUGUCAUUGUAGAGGCUGUGGUUCGCGCAGUGCAGUUGAAAGAAGAUGAGGCAUUUGCGCGCAGUCUUCAGGAACAGUUUGACCGAGAGGAGCAACUGCAGCAGGAACAAAGGAGGCAGCAGGAAGCCAUGCCGCCCAACAGACCCCACCACAACUACCCGUAUGCUCCUCAUUUAGGGAUGAACUGGAUGUCGCCCUGGCCCUCAGCAGUGAACUACGCAGCGUUUUCGCCUCUCGUUGCGGGAUUAGAGGAAGAGUUGAUGGGAAGGCGCAGAGGAAGAGGCCGAUCUCGCACUCCUCGUCGCAGAAACCCCCGUCAUGCGGUCUCUUCCCUCUUUGAUGACAGUCAGGGAGACAACUAUGAGGCUCUACUGGCCUUUGAGGAGGGCCAGGGUGCUGUUGUGGCCAAGAAAACCCUGAGUGAGAGAGAGAUCGAGAGGCUGCCUACGAAAACCUACGACUCAGCACAUAGUGCAGGAAAGACACAGUGUCAGAUCUGUUUCUCAGACUAUACAGAGGGGGAACUGCUGAGGAUACUCCCAUGCCUCCAUAACUACCAUAUGCAAUGCAUCGACCGCUGGUUAAAGGAAAACUCCACGUGCCCUAUCUGCCGAAUUGACAUAUCCGAGUGCAGUGUUGACUGAGCCCGAGUGACCACGGAACAUGACCUGGACCUCACCGGACGUACAACGACAACCUCUCAUGUGUUAAGGUGUUUACAAGACUUUAAGAAUUAAGUUUAAUUUUAUACUCUGAAGAUCGACACCCUACAAUAACAUUCAUCACCAGAUAAGAGUUGAAAUGUUUUAGUUUUUUUAUUAAAACCUCAGAAUUAUCCACCCACGUGAAGUUAUUCUACUUGAAUGAAGCAACUCAGGGUCGCUGCUAUGUUUUAGUAUUCUCAUUCCACAUUGAAUGUUUUUUCAGAUCCCCAAAAUAUUUUUCCAGCAUAGUUUCAAAUAAAUAUUAUCAGGAGGUGGGUUUAGUGGUUUAGGCAAAGUUGAUCUGUUAAAAAAAUAUUGUAUAAAAAGUAAAAUGCAAGACUACAAAAGCCAGUAUACUGUUUCAAGUAUGCAUGGAACAAGGAAAGCAUAUUAAACAGCAUAUACUGUUGUACAUUGAAUGCACUGUCAUAGCUUCUAUUGAACCUUAAUAUGGCCUUAAUCAUUCUGGCGUUUGGACUAGUCAGGUGGCUUAGACCCUUCUUAAUAAAACCUCUUCAUAGAGGGCACCAUAACUUUGAUGUUAUUGUCACAUUUCAAGGCAGUGGUGUCAAGUGUGGCCAGUCAUUCCUCAGGUUCGUAGUACCGCUUUUUCAUGGCUCUGUACUUCCUCAGGUAGUAAAGUGCUUCCAACUCCAUGAUGACAAACUCCCCUCGGGCUAUCAUUUGUUUGAUUAUCUCUGGGUCUUUCACAUCUUUGUUAUUCAAAAAUGCAGACUUCAGUCUAUCCCUAAAGUAGCCAUUGCCUUUGGGAUACUCCCGUCCAAGGUAGAGGAGCGGAACAGUGACAAUUACCCAUUGACCAAAAGUUAGAUGCACUUACGAAUGGCCAGAGAAGGGGGUAGAAAUGUGUAUAUUAAAAAAAUAAUAAUUUCAAUAAAUAAAAGUGCAUUAGGGCAAGUAGCCUAGCGGUGAGAGAGGUGAGCCAGCAACCGGAAGGUUGCCAGUUCAAAUCCCAGGUUCGACUGAAAAUCUGGCAGGAAGUGAGCUGGCAACCGAAGGGUUGCUGGUAUCAAAUGCCUGACGAUGUGCCCUUGAGCAAGGCACUUGCCCCCACCUCCCACAACACAGCUCCCCUGGAGCCCAGUCUGUAUGUGUGCGUGUCUUUCGGAGGGGUUCAGUUAGAAGUUGAUGUCUUUUGGAAGGGUUCAGUUAAAAGGUGAUGUCUUUCAGGGGGGUUCAGUUAAAAGGUGAAGUUAAAUUAUGAUUGGACCUUGUGUGCAAUUUACCAAUAAAGUUAUCUUAAUCUUAAA